GCUGCUCUGCUCCGCUUUGCACAUGUUUGUGGAAAACAAACCGAGUUUUCACCAGAAAUGGAUUUAAAAGGACAAAGAACGAGCUCCAAGGAUUUAUUAUCAUGCGGAAACGGAGCAGGUCUCAGUGAGAAGCUGCUCCUCAGACCGAAGGCUGCCACGUCCCUGCAGACGGAGCGAGUCCCCAGGAGCGGCGUCCUGGAGCGGCUGCACAGCUUCCUGCGGAUGGCCGAAGCCAACCAGAGGCUGAAGCAGCAGAUGGACCGAGACCCGGACGGACGCUUCGACAUCGAGGACGUGGAGGAAGCAGAGAAAGUCAUCGAGAUGGAUGUGGCCUUGUUCGAGCUCAGCGGGUCAGAAAGCUCCUCCGAGGACGGCGUGGAGACCUCAGACUCUGAGGACGAGGAUGAUGACGACAACGGCGGCGGCGGCGAGCUCACGGAGGAGAACCUGAAGCUGCCCGGAGCACGGGGCCACAAGAGGAAGGCGGAGAUCCAGGUCCUGGAGCAGCCUCACUGACUGCAGGAGCAGGAAGUCUUCCUCAGAGAAACCAGGACGGUCUGGAUUCUGGACUCCAGCGUGGAGGACGUUGAUCCCACGUCAGCCUCAGUCCCGACAGCAGAAACUGAAACUUCAGGCCGUCCUGCUGACCUGUGAAGCACGGCGGCGGCAUCAUCAGGGCUCCUCUGCAGCGCGAGGCUAGCCUGUUAGCAUUUCACUGUUCAACACACGCACACACACAACAACGCUGAUUUAAGACAAAGUGUUUAUUGAGAGGAGCUUCCCGCCCGUCCAGCUGCUCCAGAUGUUCCAGAAAACUCAUUUCAUCAACCGUGACACGUAAAAACUGGGUUUAUCAACACGUUCUAUACUCUGACAGAGUUACACUGGAGACAAGCUAGCCUUCAAAAUAAAAGCAGUCUGUUGGGAAAGCAGGGAACCUCGGUUCCUCUGACAAACACAAUGUCAAAAAUACUGUAAAUAUAUCAAAUACUUCAGUUUCCUUAUUUUCUGUUUAAAAAAAAAAAUUAUGGAGAAAUUUAACAGUGAAGAAAAGUGAAUUUUGUGGUGGAGAUUCAAUAAAAUGUUUAA